CCCCACCUUCCCCUAUAAAGCAAGGAAUAGUCGCGGCCUGCCCCCAGCUUCGCUAAGCUUGCUGCUAAAUCCUGCCAUUAGUGGUAAGCAAUUAAGUAGAUCAAGCAGCGUCGGUGCAGGUCGGAGAGCUUGGGGAGGAGGGGCCGGAUGGAGGUGGGGCUGGCGGCGGGGUACUGGGGCGUGGGCGGGCGGCGGUGCGGGGCGUGCGGGGGCUCGCCGGCGGCGGCGCACUGCCGGACGUGCCCCGGCGGCGCGUACCUGUGCGCGGGGUGCGACGCGGAGCACGCGCGGGCGGGGCACGAGAGGGUCUGGGUCUGCGAGGUGUGCGAGCGCGCGCCGGCCGCGGUCACGUGCCGGGCCGACGCGGCGGCGCUCUGCGCCGCGUGCGACGCCGACAUCCACGACGCCAACCCGCUGGCGCGCCGCCACGAGCGCGUGCCCGUGCAGCCCAUCGGGGCGGCCGCACCUGCCGUGGACCCGCUGCUAUUCAGCGCUGUAGUAGCGGAAGAGAAGGAUGCUGACGCCGCGCUCGCCGGGAUGCUUGCUGGUCGCGCGGUCGGCGGCGCCAAUAGUAAGGUCAACGGGAAGCUGGACUUCCUGUUCACGGACGUCAUGGACCCGUUCCUCGGCCAGGGCUUCGCUAGGUUCGUGCACGCCGACAGCGUCGUGCCUAGCAACGGACCAAUCGGCGGCGCGCUGGACCUUGACUUCGGUGGCGCCGCCGCCGCCGCGGUCGCCACCAAGCCCUCCUACAGCUCCUACACGGCGGCGUCGCUCGGCCACAGCGGCUCGUCGUCGGAGGUCGGCCUGGUACCGGACGCGAUCUGCGGCCGCGGUGGGAGCGUGACCGGCGGCGUGAUCGAGCUCGACUUCGCGCAGUCCAAGGCGGGCUACCUGCCGUACGCCGCCGCAACUCCUACCCACAGUGUGUCGUCUUUGGACGCGGGGGCGGUGCCGGAUCGCAGCGACGGCGGCGUCGUGGGCAGCAGGGUCGCCGCGGCGGCCGUGGAGAGCCGGGAGGCGCGGCUGAUGCGGUACCGCGAGAAGCGCAAGAACCGGCGGUUCGAGAAGACGAUCCGCUACGCGUCCCGCAAGGCCUACGCCGAGUCGCGGCCGCGCGUCAAGGGCCGCUUCGCCAAGCGCGCCGACGACAACGACGCUGACGCCGACGCCGAGGCGGCCGGCUUCCCCAACGCAGCCACCGCCGCCGCGGCGCCGCCGCCAAAGCAGCCGCAGCCCGCCGCUUAUCACUCCUACGUGCUCGACUUCGCCGCCGGCUACGGCGUCGUGCCCACCUUCUGAUCGACGCGCCGCCGGCGUCGUCGGGUGCGAUUGCUGCGCCGCGUGCCACGUUUUUGAGCCGGCCGGCCGAUCGAUCCGCCGCCGGCGUAACGCGCGCGUCGUGUUCGACGACGUGCGUGCCGUCGUGCUGCAUGCGCGCGUGUUUGCUAGAACACGGCGAGAGUUCUAGUUGGUGAUCACCCGUUUUGGGCUGGCCUCGGUUUAAAUUAGCAGUCUAGCGGGUGCUUCCUGCUACGUGUUUGCUGGAACGGCAAGUUUCCAGUUCUGUAAUUUUGGAUCAGGAUUCAGGAAGAUGCUUAGCAUCUGACGAAGCUCUUCGAAUGAUUCGGUAUGCUAUAUAUAUUUGUUUGGAAAGCCA